GCUCAUACGUCACUUCCGCUCUUCAGAUCACCGGACGCAGAUCAUCGAUGGAUUUUGUCUUUCGAUUUCUUUAGUAGUAGCUCUUAAACAAAAUUAUUCAUACAGUUUUUGUGGAGUGGUGCUAUGUCUUGGGGGAUGACGGGUCAAACGCCGUGCCUAAACAGUCGCUGGGACAAGCCUGCUCAGAGUAUUAAUAAUGCGACUUCAAACAGCGCAGUGUCCCCGUCAGCACAAACGGGAGAUGAAGCCGUGUCUGCGGGGGGAGUGGAGAAGGCAGCUGCCAUGGCCGCUAAAAUAAACGCCAUGCUGAUGGCCAAAGGAAAACUCAUGACCCCUCCUCCCUUAUUAGCAAAGAAGCCUCCUGUUGUCCCAGUAACUGCUGUUGUUGAGGAAAUGGUGGUCACAGAGGUGGACAUCAAUGACGUGCCUAUAAACAGCAGAGACCUUCUGACCAAAGGCAAAACCCAAGAAGAGAUUCGACAGUUUAGUGGGGCAGUUGUCACAACCAAAGGACACUACAUGACAGAUGCUGAGAAGGGCAAAGUAGCGGGACAAAGACCUCUGUAUUUGCAAGUUCAAGGGAAGACGCAGGAGCAAGUCAAUAAAGCGGUGAUGAAAAUAAAGGAGAUUAUUUCAGAGGAUGUGUUGAGGGCGUCCGCUGCGUCGGGGGUGCCUCCUCCUGUGAUGCCUCCUUUGACUCUGUACCCUCAACCUCCACGCCCCGUUGUUUCCCCAGCAACCGUCCCCGUGCCAGUCAUGGGACAUCGGCCUGCAGCGCCUCACACAGGGAGUUUUGUGCACACAAAAAUAUUUGUAGGUCUGGACCAUGCGUUACCUUCAUUUAACGUGAAGGAGAAAGUGGAGGGACCGUCGGGGGCGUACCUGGGCCACAUCCAAACCGAAACAGGGGCACGGGUAUUCCUCAGAGGGAAGGGAUCCGGGUACAUCGAGCAGGCUUCAAAGCGAGAGUCGUUUGAGCCUCUGUAUGUCUACAUCAGUCACCCAAAUGCAGAAGGACUGGAGGCAGCAAAGAGGCUCACAGAAAACCUGCUGGGGACGGUGAGAACAGAACACGCCCGAGUGACGGCAACAUUCCCCGUCCCUGGUCCAACCCCAACAUUUGCAAGUCAUGGAUAUCCUCCUAAUAGCAAUUACUCUAACCAGGGAUCCUGGUAUAACUACCCAGCCAAUGGGUAUGCAGGCGCCUACCCGGCAGCGUACCCAGUGGGUUACUGGAGCAAUGCCAGCCCUGCCCCCAGUCAAUCUAACCUGUCGACCACCCCUCCAUCUCCUCAGGCUAUGGUUCAGUAUCCGAUGUGUCCUAAGCCACCUCAGCCCUACGUUGCCCAGGCUCCGGGUGUUGCAGAGAAAGUGGAGGUUGAAGGAUCUGUGAACGCCGCAGGAUCAGGAAGUCCCAAACAGCAGCUCCUUCAGGCUCCAAAGCCCGAGCAGCCUGUCACCAAGACCCCUGAGCGACCUCCUCCUGUCUCCAAACCAGUGGGGGGAAAAGUCGUUGAACGUCUUCUGAUGCCUCCACCGCCUCCACCCGUGUUCACCGCCCCGACCCCGCCUCCUCUGGCCCCUCAGCGCAAACGGACAAGAGACCCUGAUGCUCCUACAGCUGGGAAGCCCUCCUCUGCUCCAUCGGGUGAUGAAGAUGAAACCCAGAGAAAGAAAAUGAAAGCGUCCCUGGACACCUCUGGGUUGGUGCCAUACGGAGCAGACUCCUCCGAUGAAGAGGAGGAGAAGACGCACAGCAGUAAGACGUGACCCUCCCAGUGCUGGACCCCCAGGGCUAAUAUCCACUACAGUCUUUUAAAUACACUUACACUAAAGGAAGAAUCCACUUUGUACAAAAACACUGUUUAAACAUGAAAAUAAACAACCAAAUUACCCCAGUAUUUUGUGAGGGUACAGGUAUCUGACUAACUAGUGCAUUUAGCUGUGUUCUUUCUUAAACUGGUAAGUAAUUCUAACAAUAAUUAGAUUUUUAAUUUGUUUUUUUACAUCUCCAACUGUUUUAAUAUAGUAUUCUUUUUGAGUAUGCAGCAAAAACAUUCAUUGGUUAAUUGCUUGAACUUAAAAUAACUGAUUUCUUAGUUCUUACUGAGGUGCUUCAACCAACCAACCUCCUUACAACUUUUACAGUGUGUUUUGUAUAAUAUUUUUUAUAAAUCAGUAUCAAAAGCCUUGAAUGCAGCUUGGAUUUCAAACUAUAAACUGUGUUAAUUGUUUAGAGAUGAUUUGAACCUUUGUGUAAGGAAAACAAAAAUCAAACGGUGACUUUUUUUUUCCCAAUUUGAAUUUUACAGCCUGUUUCUUCUUCUGAUGUUAAAGAUUGUAUUUCACAGUUGAGCUAAAGUUCAUGAUUUCCUACAAACUCUGUACUUGCCUGAUCUCUCGGCUCAAAUGGAAGCUUAGGUGUAGCGUUUUUUUUCCUCAAAACAAAAUGCAAAUUGUAAAAUUUAAUACUUUUUCUAAUCUUGAAAAAUGGUGCAUGUCUGUUCCCAUGGAAUAAUAAAAAAAAAAGUUGUCUAUG